ACACAAGCUAACUCGCUCUCAGCUUCGCUGGCAUGGCGACCAUGGACGCUUCUACUGGACCAGCCGUCGCCGUCGCCGUCGCCGUGGUGGUGGUUUUGGUGUCGACGUGGCUGUGGUCGACGGUGGCGCAGCUGGUGUGGAGGCCGUACGCGGUGGGGAGGGCGUUCGGGCGGCAGGGGAUCCGCGGCCCGGCGUACCGGCUGUUCGUCGGCAGCGACGGCGAGAAGGCGGCGAUGCUCGCGGCGACGAGGGGCGACGUGCUCGACCGGCGCUGCCACGACAUCGUCCCGCGCGUCAUGCCGCACUACCGCGCGUGGAUGUCGCGCUACGGCAAGGUGCUUGUGUCGUGGGGCGGCGCCACGCCGGCGCUCUGUGUCGGCGAGUACGGCAUGGUGAGGCAGAUCCUGGCCGACCGGACCGGGCUGUACGGAAAGCCGGACCCCGGGCCGGCCCUCCUGGCCCUGAUCGGCAAGGGCCUCGUCUUCAUCGACGGCGACGACUGGGCGCGCCACCGCCGCGUCGUGCACCCGGCGUUCACCAUGGACAAGCUCAAGAUGAUGACCAAGACGAUGGCGGAGUGCGCGCGGGAGGUGAUCCGGGCGUGGGAGGUGCGUGCCGCGGAGUCGCCGGCGGGCGAGCGGCGGGUGCAGGUCGAGGUGGGGCAGCAGUUCCAGGAGCUGACCGCCGACGUGAUCUCGCACACGGCGUUCGGCAGCAGCUAUCAGGACGGGAAGGAGGUGUUCUUGGCGCAGCGGGAGCUCCAGGCCAUCGCCAUCUCCACCUUCAACAGUGUCCGCUUCCCGGGCUUCCAGUACAUCCCGACGAAGAGGAACAUGCGCCGCCGGCAGCUCGAGAAGAAGGUGCGGGGCAUGCUCAUGGCGAUGAUACGCGAGCGCCAGGUGGCUGCCGGCAAGGAGGCCAGGGACCUGCUCGGCUUGAUGCUCGAGGCCAACGCGGCGUGCGGCAGCGGCGGGCCGACGAGCAUGACCCUGGACGAGAUCAUCGACGAGUGCAAGACCUUCUUCUUCGCCGGGCACGACACCACCUCGCACCUGCUCACCUGGGCCAUGUUCCUCCUCGGCACGCACCCGGAGUGGCAGGAGCGGCUCCGCGAGGAGGUCCUCCGGGAAUGCGGCGGCGGCGGCGGCGGCGACACGGAGGCGCUCCCCAACGGCGACGCUCUCAGCAAGCUCAAGCUGAUGACGAUGGUGCUCUACGAGACGCUGCGGCUGUACGGCCCGGUGAGCCAGAUAGCGAGGAAGGUGACGGCGGACGCGGACCUCGGCGGCGUGCGGGUCCCGAAGGGCACGACGGCGAUCAUACCGGUGGCGAUCCUGCACCGCGACGUGGACGUGUGGGGCGCGGACGCCGGCGAGUUCAACCCGCUCCGGUUCCGCGACGGCGUGAACAGGGCGGCGACGCACGCCGGCGCGCUGCUGACCUUCUCCCUCGGGCACCGCUCGUGCAUCGGGCAGGACUUCGCGAUGAUGGAGGCGAAGGCGACGCUGGCCAUGGUCCUCCGGCGGUUCGCCUUCGAGGUGGCGCCGGAGUACGUGCACGCGCCGCUGGACUUCCUGACGCUGCAGCCCAAGUGCGGCCUCCCCGUGGUGCUCCAGCUGCUGGAUUAGUACUAAGCACGCAUCAUAAACCAUGUGAACUACUCUCUUUUUUUUUCUUUCUCUCGUGUCCAGCGUUUGCCGUCUUAUUUAAAAAAUAGGUCCACCUAGCAUCAAAUAUUAGAAAAUUUUAAUUUCAUCCAUCAAAUCCGAUCACUACAGUUGAAUGAUAAUACGAAGGUACGCACGUAAGUUAAAAAUCCCAUACACGUCCUCCCCUAGCCCCCAACUAUUGUGCGCGUGUUUGACAGAAGAACAAAAAAUCAAACGUUUGAUCAAUAGCAAAAAUAAAUAAAGUAUAUUGCGCAUCAUAAAAGCACAGGUUUGGACCGAUCUAUGUCCAAAUUUAUAGUCGUAUGAUGCAUCUCAUCCUAUCAUGUACAGAUAAAAAGUUUUAUGCCCAGUUUGUAUUGUAUUUACAGCAUGCUUGGUCACAUGCUCUCCAAACAGAUGUUGAUUACAAACCUUAAAUAAGCACAUACCCACUAAGAGCAGGUACAAUAGCAGGCUCUAAGCCAGAUAUAAACAUAUUUUAAAGAGAUAAAAGAGAAGAGAGAAAAAAGUGGCUAUUAAUUUAUAGCCAGCUGCCCACAGACUCCAAGACAGAGUGCGUACAUGACAUAUGGGA